GUUCAUAUCGAGUUGAAUGUGUGCUAGAGGUUUAAAUAGAGAGCUUGAACAAGUAUAAAAUCGGUACAAGUGUCGUUGUAAUAACACUCCCGCGUAUACCAGAUCGAACGAUGAUGGCUUGAAGUAAAAUAAAAAUAAUAGUGAAACAUAAAAUAGGGAAAUUUGAAGCGAGUCAAAACUGGAAAAGAACAUACAUAACAAAUAAUAAGCCAAAUGAGAAUUAAUAAACAUCGAAAGAAGCAAAGGCGCUGCUCAACACUAGCUAUAACAAUAAAGAAUUCUUAUUUUGAACUGGCGUUUGGUGCAUUUUUCGGUUGAUUAUAUUUAAAAACGAUAAGCGCAAUUUCGUGUGUACACUGGCAACGCACAUACAUAUGAUCGUUUGUUUUAUGCCAUUUCACAAUCGAAAUAUUUGUGUUGCCAAUGUUGUUUAUUCUAAUCGGUGUCCAUAUGCAUGAACUGUAGUGUAAUUAAUUUUUUUUUAACUAACUAAGUUCAAUAUCAAAUACAUAAUUAGCUUCUUUGCGUAUAUGUUGAUGGGCAAAUAUUUUGACUGAUGCGAACAAAGCCAAGUGCUAAAUCACCUACUGGAGUGAAUGCAAAGAGAAACCAAUAAAUCGAUCGCAGUGUUGAAUGUGCAUGUGUGUUUGUGUCUCUCGAUCUGUGUGUAUGCACAGAAAUGAAAAGACGAAGCAAAAACUAGAGAAAAAAAACGUAUUACAUGUGAAAUUAUAUACGCAUUGAAGAAAAACUGAGCAAAAAUACGGCCAAACAACGCAAUAGAAAGAGAGAAAAAAACGAACGAGACACAAAUAAAAAAAAGCACAUCAACGACAACAAGAACGACAACGAACGAACGAACGAAGAGAAAAGAAAAACAGCUACACAACAUACAAAGACCGAACACCGAAACGACGAAUUUUUUACACACACGCCAAAUAGCAGGCACACAAAAGUGACAGCAGCAGCAACAGCAAACGUAGAAAGAGAAAAGUCGAAACACUCAAAUGCAAAAUUAAUUUUAUGUAUCGUUUGUGUGUGUCUUUUUUUUCUUCCUCUUUGACUUGUGGUGUGUUUGCCUUUUUUGGGUGGCUGGCAGGUCAAUUUGCGUAUAUGCAUUCAUAAAUUUAAUCUUUCGUUAUUUUUCACCCGUGCCAUAUUUCUUUUGUAUUGUGCCUUGUUAAACCUUUUAAAUGGUCGAUGUGCUCAACGAUACCGAACAAGAAAAAAAAGUAUAUGUAUAUUUUCUUUUAUUGCAAUUCAACUUAACCAAAAUGGCCAUUGCCUUUAUUAUUGAAACACAAAGUAUUUGUUCGAAAAAGAACGGCAUUUAAAUGCAGCUACGACUUAAGCGACUUGGUGCGUGUAUAUGAGAGUGAGAGAUUGUGUGUGCAAACUAUAUAAUUAAUGAAAACAAACGAUCAACUAUUAUUUUGGAAUACACCGCAUAUGUGUCUUGAGCAUUGUUACGCGCGCGCGAUAUAAACAGUGUUUCGUCGUUUGACCACGACAUUUCAAAUGUUCUAGAAUUCGAAAGUGACAUAAUAAUUUAACAAAUAAAACGGCAAUUAAUUCGAUCGAAAUUUGAGUGCCGAUGCCCUCAUCAACCAAUUGUGGACUCAUGUGCAAAUAGUUGUGAUAUUUUCUUCAUUUUAAAAACAAUGGAAAUUCCCAUCUUGAAAGGUACUUUAAUCGUACCACAAUCAUCGUUCUCAUCAUUCAAUCUCAUUUCAAAAAAGAAAUCGCUGCAAAAGCAAUGCGUUCUAUUUCGGGCCAGUCAUCAGGGUAUCGAACGUUUGGAGAUAUUGGACAAAGAAGAUGAUAAAAAUCCGAGAAUCAUAACAUUGGAAAAUUGUGUAAAAAUCACCCAAGAACCACCACCAGCCAAUCAAAUAAAUAUCGUAAAAAAGACAAAUGACACAUUGACCUUGUUUGCGCUUAACGAAACCGAUCUGAAACGAUGGAUAGAAGCAUUACAAAAUGUCGCAUUCAAAGACAAAGCGAAUACAAUGGUGCGCACCAAUUCGGCGCGUGAAGAAGAAAAUGAUCUCUAUUGUACCUCGUAUUCGGAUGGUAUAUUCACGGUUAUUUUACAAACCGCUGAUGCAACAAAUCUUAAAUAUUCCAUUGAAAAAGCGUUGCAUAUUGAAAAUGAUAAACCAAUUCCAACAACAUUUACACUACAAUUGACAGCUACGGAAAUUCAAUUAAAAUAUUUAGAAGUAAACGGGGUGACAUUAGUUACACAGUGGCCAUAUCGAUAUAUUCGCAAGUAUGGCUAUCGUGAUGGUAAAUUUACAUUCGAAGCGGGACGAAAAUGUGAUACGGGCGAAGGUGAAUUUAAAUUUCAGCAUACAAAUCCGCAUGAAGUGUUUCGAUGCAUGGGUGCCAAAAUGAAAUCAAUGAAAAAACUGAUUAACGGUGAAAAUGGCAUCGGUAGUUUGGAUUGUGGUGAACAUCAAUUUACUGCUGCUCUAUCGAUGGAGGCCGGUUCGCGUUCACCCCUACCACCGUCACCGAAUCAAAGCUACGGCGACAAUAGUCAAAGUCAAAACAGUCAUUUGCUGCACGGUUUUCUAUCGUCGACCGAUUCAUUGAACAAUAUGUCGAUGAGCACAACGACAACAUCAUCAAGUAUACCGCCAACAAUUAUGAAGAUAACACCAUGCAAACCACCGCGAAAGUCACUUCCUGGCUCCUCUGAAAAUAAUGGCAAACAUAGGGCAGAUGUACCGCCAAAACCAUCACCGAAAUCAUCCAAGUAUCAAGAUUAUGAACCAGUUUCGUUGGCCCAAAGUGGCACCAACGAUCAUUCAAAACCAACAUCGAUCACACUUAAAUCAUCACCACCACCGCCACCAUUGCCAACAUCACCGAUCCCAAGCAAUGGCGUUGGCAAUUCAAUGAAAUCACCGGUUCAUUCUCCGGUCGUUGAUCAACCGCCUCGAAUACCGGCACGCUAUGAAAGUAUGCAAGACGAUCGCAAUUACGAACGCAUCGAAAAUAUAACAAGCGCAUGGAAAACAAUGGGAGUGAGUGAUGUUAAGCAUACGGAAAAUUUGUGCACAGCCGAUGAUGAUUUUACCGAUUUUGUGUGGCAACGUUCUCAGUCCCAGAAGGAGUUUACUUCAACGCGUAGAAUACCAAUAACGGUUGCAUAUCAUGAUGCCGAGGAGUUGUCGAUGAAGAAAAAAGACAUUGAAUACGAUACACUUGAUCAUUUUGCACCUAAAAAACGAAAUCCAGCAAGUGAUUAUCGAACCAUUGUUACAAUUACAACGCCGGCGUAUAAGAAACAAACAUCGCAACCGUUAUCAUCGAAUGAUUAUGAAAUAAUUGGCGAUUGUGCAACGAUUACAAAUUGUGUGAAUACAAAUGUCGAACCAAAAGCAUAUCGUUUGGCCGACGACAGUCACAUUGGAUAUGGUGUACUUCGAAAACCCGGCACAAACAAUAAUAUAUCGCCGAAAUCACCACAAAUGCUACAAUGCGAUGCCGUCGGCAUCGCAACAGCAUCAUCGUCAAGCAGCGUUGACGAUCUCAUUAAUCAUCGCAAAUUCAACGGUUUGAAUUAUGCCAUUGUCAAUAAAUCCAAUCAAGUUUAAAUUUCGAGCGAAAUUUAUGCACUACAGCUAAAAAUAUGGAAGACAAAACACGAAAUUUAAACACUAGCCAUACAUUCUGUGUGAAAACAUUUAAAAGACCUGUAAGCAUUUCAGCUAUUGUACUUUCCAUUAUUUAUCAUUUAAGAAAAUUGUCUUAAAUAAAAAGCACUCAUAUUUUAGUCAA